UAUUUCACUCGGAAGACGAAGGAGAAGCAAGGCGGUCGCUGGUUGCCCCCACCUCCUCCUCCUCCUCUCUGUCACUCUCAUGCAGCUUUGAAGAAGACGCCCCCUCCUCCUCCUCCUCCCCGCACCUGCUCCGCUUCGUCUCCUCGUCGUCUCGCAGGAGUCCCAGCCUCUCGCUCUGUGCGGGCGUCGCUCCUCUCAUUGUUCGACGCUGUUUCCCGACCAUGACUUCGACGUACAACCUCGAUUUCCUGCCCCUCGCCGAAAGUCGGUUAAUGACUUCGAGCGACACAAUCAACGGCAACGGGAGCAAGAUGAACGGGUCACUGGAGCACAUGGACCAGCCCGACCCAGACGCUAUCAAGAUGUUCGUGGGACAGGUUCCCCGGUCCUGGACAGAAACAGAACUAAAAGAACUUUUUGAGCCCUUCGGACCCGUGUACCAAAUCAACAUCCUCCGUGACCGUACUCAGAAUCCUCCUCAGAGUAAAGGAUGCUGUUUUGUAACUUUUUAUACAAGAAAAGCUGCACUGGAGGCCCAGAAUGCACUGCACAACAUAAAGACCUUAAGUGGGAUGCAUCAUCCUAUCCAGAUGAAACCUGCUGACAGUGAGAAAACAAGUGCAGUGGAAGACAGAAAACUGUUUGUGGGAAUGGUGUCGAAGAAAUACGGCGAGAACGAGGUCAGAAUGAUGUUCUCGUCAUUUGGUCAGAUCGAGGAAUGCCGGAUCCUCCGGGGACCAGACGGUCAGAGCAGAGGCUGUGCGUUUGUCACAUUUGCUACCAGGGCAAUGGCACAGAAUGCAAUCAAAACCAUGCAUCACGCUCAAACUAUGGAGGGUUGCUCUUCACCUUUGGUUGUGAAGUUUGCCGACACCCAGAGGGAUAAGGAGCAGCGGCGCCUGCAGCAGCAACUUGUACAGCAGAUUCAGCAGCUUAACAACGCCUCCACCUGGGGAAACCUGGCUGGGCUGGGGACCCUGACACCGCAGUAUCUAGCUUUGCUCCAGCAGGCUACAUCCACCAGUAAUCAAAGCAGUUUUAAUGGCAUUCAGAGGCUAGGAGCAGGUGUGAAUCCUCUUCAGCUGCAGAACUUGGCCACAUUGGCUGCGGCCGCAGCUGCAGCCCAGAGCUCUGCCAGCCCGACUUCAACCAGCGCUCUGUCAACCAACAGCGGAGCCCUGGGGGGGCUCACAAGUCCAGGUUCAACAGCAGGGUCCAGUGCUGGUGCCGCCAUGAACACUUUGGCCUCUUUGGGCACACUGCAGGGUCUCACUGGCACUUCAAUGGGCCUCAGCAACCUUAACGCUCUCACUAGCAGUGUUGGUAUGGGGGCCAUGAAUGGUGGCCUUGGAGCCUCCAUGGCUAACGCUUCAGCUGCCAGCUCCAUGGAUGCACUGACACAGGCCUACUCAGGGAUGCAGCAGUACACAGCCUCGGCACUGCCCUCCCUCUACAGCCAGUCUCUGCUGCAGCAGAGCGUGGCUGGCAGUCAGAAGGAAGUAGGGCCAGAGGGCGCCAACCUGUUUAUCUACCACCUGCCGCAAGAGUUUGGGGACCAGGAUCUUCUGCAGAUGUUCAUGCCUUUUGGAAAUGUGGUCUCUGCCAAAGUCUUUAUUGACAAACAGACCAAUCUGAGCAAAUGCUUUGGGUUCGUCAGCUAUGACAAUCCUGUCUCAGCACAGGCUGCCAUUCAGGCCAUGAACGGUUUCCAGAUCGGAAUGAAGAGGCUGAAGGUUCAGCUGAAGCGCUCCAAGAACGACAGCAAACCAUACUGAUCCUUACCUGGGGCCUUGCCCCCCCCUCCCCAGCUCAAUUCUAGCACUGCUAGGGUAAGUUCACCCUCCUGCCAAGGUCACACAGCAGAGACUCAGGGGGGCAAGGGGACAUGAGCCCACCACAGGAGGAAGACUCACCCUUUUCCUUAAAAAAAAAAAAAAAAAACAAAGAAAAAACGGUUUCUAAGAUCUCUCCAUGUUUUUUGCUGUACUUCAUUCCUGCGGUUUUAUGUACUUUUGAGUCUGAAAUAUUUUAAUGUAUAUGAUUAUUUAUGACUAUCACUGGAGUCGGUGUUUGCUGGAGGUAUUUUGUGUCACUGUAUUUAGUGGAGAGCAUCAGAUGUUUCCACGCCACUUCAUUGCCUUCAGGUCAAGUAAACAGACAGGUUGACUAAGGAUCAGUUGUUGUGUUGAAGGGCUGAAGCGAGGUCACGCAGACCCUGAGCCAGAGCUUCAACCUGCUUUCAAAUUCUCAUCCGUAGUCCGUCUCAUCCGUGUCGUCGUCGUGUAAAUAUCUACCCCUCUGCAGCCUCUUCCGUCCCCCCCCCCCUUCUUCUGUUUUGUCUUUACAUUCAUGAUCUAAGCCAUGUUGAGCUAGGCUACCUCUCUUUUUCUCAAUUAACCUCCUCCAGUCAUUCCAUCCAUCCUCCAAGUCUCCCACCAGGGACUGGGCUCUAGAUGGAUCUCUUUCAGUGCCAAGUAUAAAAGUAUGUGCAUGUCAGAGUCUGCCAUAAGUCCUAGUGGUGUCCCUUCUGUAAAUCUGUGUAUUCUUUUGUAUGUUGGGAAGGGGGUGGGGGGGUUAUCCUGCUGUCCUGUUGUGUGGUGACUUGCAUUAUUUUGUUUUUGUUGUUUGUGCCUCAUGGCUUUAAAAAAACAAAACAAUUUCUUGUGCUGUGCCCCUAACUUUCUCUUCUCUCCUCUUUGUCCUGUCUCUCCUCUCUCUCUCUCUCUCUCUUCGUGUUUUUGUUCCUUUUUUAGAACAAAUCUCCAUGCCUGUUUGCUCAUCAUUAGCCUAGCAUGUCUUCAUGAUGUUGAAAGCCAAGCCAAACCCCUUCUCCCUGGCCUCAUCAUCCCACCAUUGUCUGUGAUGUCUCUCUAAGCUCGCCUGACCAAUACCCGGCCACCCACUGACCCUGACCUUAGCUCAACCUGAUUUUUUUUUUUUCUGCAUGUAUGAUCAUGUUUUUGCUUUUUUUUUGUUUGCUUUUUUUUUCUAUAUGAAAAUGUGACGGGCAGGAGAGAGAGGUCAAGCAUAUUAAUGUGAAAAACUUAGCUGCAAUGAGUUCAUUGAAGAGACGUUUGGGUUUUUUUGUUUAAUAUUUUUAAAAACCUGUGGGAUUUCUAAUUUUUAACUUAGCUAUGUUCUUUCUUUUUACAUUUCUUUUUUUUUUUUUUUACCUCUCAGUAAAAUUUCACUUGAACGUUGAAUACAGGGAUUGGCACACUUCUGUGCUAUUUGGUGCCAUUAGCAAUAUUUUGGCUUCUUUAAAAAAAAAAAGAAAAAUAAACAAAGAUCCUUCUGAUCCACUUCUCCAAGCCUGACCAGUU